AUGCGACCUCAUGCUAAUCAUGUUCUACUUCUAAUUGUCUAUGUAUUUGGGACCCUUUUCCUUUUUGUUCAAUUCCUAAAAAGUCCAAUUUUCCGACGACACAAUUUUGAGGAAAAAGACGACAAUUUUUGGAAUCCUCAAUUUUCAAUGACGCCAUCUGACGAUUCUGAAGAUUCCAACAAUUCUUCGGAGCCAAUUAUUCCCGAAAAAUGUCAAUGCAAAUCUACAGUAACCGGAAAGAUCUACAAUUUUUGCUAUAAAUUGCCAGAAAAUCCGAAAAUCCUUGGCAAACGAUUUAGCUGCGACUUUGUGGAGGAAUGGGAGAAAAUUGAAUCUUCCUCAAAAUUCUUGAAUUUGGAAAAACAAAAAAUCACGGAUUCAGUUUUUGUGACAGCAUUUAGUAAUCAAUUUGUGAGAAAUGGAAUGAGAUUGAUUUCCUCAAUUCGAAAAUUGGGAUAUCGACAGAAAAUUAUUUUAUACAAUUUAGGAAUUGCUGAAGAUAAUUUAAGAAUGUUAAAAGAGUCCUAUCGCUGGAAGCCAAUAGUCAUUGCUCAGGUUCUCCGGGAUUACGGUAGUUUGUGGUAUUUGGACUCAUCGGUGAUUUUUGAGAAAUCCAAUGUUUCUCAUGUCUAUGACUUGGUGAAUUGUUAUGGGAAAGUUAGGAAAAGAAAUCAUGUGGAAAACACAGCUAAAAUAAUUCCAAGACUGAAAAGUGAUUCAGAAUUCGAAAAUGCUCUUCUCCAGGUUUCACAUCAGAAGACGUCAAAAUUUCGAAAUGUCAGAAUCAUGGCAAUAUGGGUAUCAAAAUACGCGAAAUUUUGUGGAGAUUAUGAGCAAAUCAGGAAAAGGAACAGUAAUCCAAAAAAUCUACAGUAUUCCUUUUUCAGACCGCCCAUGCUCACCAGCUACAGUAGGGAUAUUCGUGAGAAUCGAGAACCCCAUGAAAAUGGUUGGGACCAGAAAAUUUGGGAAAAAAAUUUACAAGAAUGCCGAAAGAGUCAGUAUUUGCUACACGGUUACAGUGGACACGGGAUACUGUCAGUCACGCAUCCAGAAGUCUACAAGUACUUCCCCACGAAUCCGGGGGAGCUUAAAAAAGAAAAAGCGAAAAUGUAUGAUGCUGGGUUCGUUUUUGCAGUCAAUACUCGACAAACCAUGAUGAAUAUUGUGAAAUGGUACUUUCUCUGUGCUCUCGAGGAAGAUUGCAUGGCUCCAAAGUCCGCAGUGCUCGGGUGUCAAUUCGUCGACGACGACCGUUUCAGGACCUAUGCGGGGUGUCAUCGAUACGACCAAUCCAUCAUAAAUCUAGUUUUGGCUAAUCAAUUCUGGUACGAUCGCCGGUAUUAUGUCUCACAAAUCGUCGAUUUUUUUCAUAUCGAUCGGGCGGGAACCCCAGGGGAUUUCCAGGAUAAAAUGAAGUGCAUUUAG